AUGUAUCUAGGUCACACAAUGCAGGCUAUGGGCUCAUUGUCGCUGCCUACCAGCAGGCCCGUCGCCGCCUGGGACGAGGCCCGUCUCUCCGUCCCGGGACCGGUCAAAAUGCAUCUCACCCAGCUCAACAGGGAGUGUCUCCUCCACCUCUUCUCCUUCCUGGACAAGGACAGCCGGAGGAGCCUGUCGCUCACGUGCCGCCGGCUGCGCCAGGUCUUCCUGGACCCCAGCCUCUGGAGCCUACUGCGCUUCGGCUCCCCGUGCGAGCUGAGGUGGGACAACUUUGUGCUGGGAGCCGCGCUGCGUCACCUGGCCAUCUGCUGGCACUCCAGCCGGGUCCUGCAAGUGUGCAACAUCGAGGACUGGCUCAAGAGCUCGUUUCAGAAGGACAUCUGCAGCAAACACGAGCGCCUCGUCAGCACUUUCCUGGCCGGCGUCUGCCAAACGUGUCCCAACCUGCUCUCGCUGACCCUGUCGGGCUGCGCCCACAUCUGCGACCGCGACGUGACCUCGGUGCUGCGGAGCUGCCGGAGGCUGCGCCGCCUGCGCCUGGAGAACUGCGUGCGCCUCACCGACGGCAGCCUGGACGCCGUGGUGGCGCACGGCGGCGCCCUGGAGGAGGUGCGGGUGGACUUCUGCAGGAACGUGACGCAGGCGGGCCUGCGGGCCGUGAGGGCGCAGAGGCCCGGCGUGCGGCUGAGCGCCGAGCGGAGCGGCGCCAUGGUCCCCGACAGCGAGCCCGACGAGAGGGCGACGCUGAGGAGGACGCUGCAGAACGUGCUGCCGGUCUCCUGAGGCAGGCGUCGCGUGUGGACAGUGUUAUGAAGCGUCAUGCAUUUGGUCUGAUUGGUUUUUAUAGAUGCUUUUCUACCCUUUUGUAACUGUUUUUUCAAACAUAAUGUGUAUUAUUCAAGCAAUCAUUUCUGAAUGAUAGAAGUUAAAAUGUGAAACUGUGAGCAGCAUCCAUUAUUUUGCAUGAAGUCAUGAAACCGAUUCAUCCACAGAUUCAUUCGUACAACCUGAAUGAGAAGACGAGCCCGAGCCCAGCUACUAAUUAGCAUACGGUUAGCAAGUCAAUGAGGAGAUUGCUAUCUGGGCUGUGACUGGAGCCAUAAAGCACUGUGGGCUGGGAGACCGGGGGAGAGCGUCUGCCUGUAAAGGCCAUGUGACACAGCGGCCGCGCUCGACUGUCGCCAGACGGUCCCUCUUCUGUAAUUGUGUGUCUGAGGGAAGAUCGUACAUUCGCACAGAAGGUCAACGUGUUGGCGAAUGAGCCCCAGUGAGCAGAGUGUGUGAGUGUGUGUGUUUUAAAUGUAGGUUUGUGUACGCUAUGUAACCGCUUUUAUCUUUUUUUUAACUUUUUUUAUCAGUAUCUUUCAAGUAACAUGAAAUAAAGCCAAUCUCUUUAAGCUUUAAA